CGCAUUUUACUUUCUUGACUCGCCCUCCAGCUUCCCCGUCCAUGUCACGCUCUCCCCGCCUCCUCCUCCUCCCCCUCCUCCCGUCCGUUUCGCCUCCCUUCUCUCCCUCGCCGGAGCACUCCGCCGCGCCUCUCCGGCCGACGAAUAGCCGCCAAGACCGGACACGCGGUGUGGCCGGAAGUUCCUUGUGAUUCAUUUCAUAUAGCAUCCCACGCGCAGGCAGUUCCGGCCCCGUCCGUGCUCUGCUGAAUCCAGCCAAGGUCGCCGGCGCGCACCUCUCCUUCCCUGAGAGGUAAGAGGCCAUGGCUUUCCCUUUCUCAAGUUCCAGUGCUGUUCCGGGGCUUCUUUUUCAUGAUCUGCUCCCUCUGAGAGCCUGCCGUUGACAUUUCCACCAAAAUAUCUUGUCGAGUCCACCCUCAGAUCAGAUGGAUUCUGAAUCACUAUCCCCUUUUUUUAUACCUGAGGCUGGGGUGAUCCAUUCCAAAGCAGAUCUCGCCUAAUUGCUUGCUCCAAGUUCUUGAUAAAUUCUUUGAGCGGCGACUGUCUAGGAACACGGCACAGCCUUUUGCCUAUGCACAAGGAUCUUCCACCUUCGGAUGCACAAAAUGAAUCGUCAUCCUCCAAGGGAUCGCCAUCCUCCAAAGGAUCGUCAUCCUCCAAAGGAGCGUCAUCCUCCAAGGGAUCGUCAACAUCGGGUGAACAAAAUAGAUUUUCACGAUCGGAUCGACAAAAUGGAUCUUCAUCCUCCAAUAAAGAAAUAUAUGGGUUGGCUGAGCAAAGUUGUUAAAAGUUCGGUAAAUAAAGUUAUAAGAGGACAGUACGACGGGAAUUUUGGUGAAGGCUAUUCAACAACUCAGCACGCUACGCCAUAUGGUACACAUGCCAGUGACAAUGAAGACAUAGAUCGUGCUAUUGCAUUAUCCUUAUCAGAGGAAGGUCAAAGGAAGGGAAAGGCCAUUGAUACUGGUGAUCAUUUAAAAGAAGAUGAAGAGCUUGCACGGGCUCUGCAAGAAAGUCUGAAAGAUAAACAUCCUAAAGUUCCGGCGGGAGGUGUUCCCUCAGAUAGUCCAGCAACUAGCCUACUGCCAGAUAUCUUGCCAUCAAGUAGAUUGAGGGUUUGUGCUGGAUGUAAAGCUCCACUUGGACAUGGACAGUUUCUCAGUUGUAUGGAUUCUGUUUGGCACCCUCAGUGCUUCAGGUGUUCCACUUGCAGUGAGCCAAUAUCAGAUUCCGAGUUUGCAGUACAUGAUGAUCAUCCAUACCAUAGUCCCUGCUACAAGGAGCACUUUCAUCCAAAAUGUGAUGUUUGCAAGAACUUUAUUCGAACAAAUAAAAAUGGUUUCAUUGAAUACCGGGCCCAUCCUUUCUGGAUGCAGAAGUAUUGUCCUUCACAUGACAAUGACGGUACUCCUAGGUGUUGUAGUUGUGAACGAAUGGAGCCAAAGGAUAUCAAGUACAUAACUUUAGAUGAUGGCCGGAAGCUCUGCUUGGAGUGUCUGUAUACUUCAAUAAUGGACACAAACGAGUGCCAACCAGUAUACAUUGAUAUCCAGGAAUUCUAUGAGGGUUUGAACAUGAAAGUAGAACAACAGAUCCCCUUGCUUUUGGUUGAACGUCAAGGUUUAAAUGAAGCCAGGGAAGCAGAGAAAAUGGGGCAUCACCUUCCUGAAACCAGGGGUCUCUGCCUAUCAGAAGAGCAAAUUGUCAGAAUGAUAUUGAGACGGCCAAUACUUGGACCAGGAAGCAAAAUGAUAGACAUUUCUACAGGACCACAGAAACUAGUUCGGCGGUGUGAAGUGACUGCAAUUCUUGUACUAUAUGCUUUGCCAAGACUGCUCACAGGCUAUAUUCUAGCUCACGAGAUGAUGCAUGCAUACCUUCGACUUAAAGGAUACCGAAUCCCUAGUCCAGAGGUUGAAGAAGGCAUCUGUCAAGUCCUAGCUCAUCUCUGGCUUGAGUCUGAAAUCGUAUCAGGUUCAAGUAGUAGCAUUGCAACCACAUCUGAAGCAGCAGCAGUAGCAGCAGAAGCAGCAGUAGCAGCGGAAGCAGCAGACGCAGCAGUGACUCCUUCGACAUCUUCCUCGACGAAAAAGGGUGAAAAGACUGACUUUGAGAAAAGACUUGGAGAAUUCUUCAAGCACCAGAUCGAAACAGACCCCUCUGCAAUAUAUGGAGAUGGGUUCCGAGCUGGCAUUCGAGCAGUUGAACGCUAUGGCUUGAGAGGUACCCUUGAUCAUAUCAAGCGAUCAGGUUCUUUUCCAAGUUGAGGCAGUGUUUUGCAUGUUCGGUUUGUGAGCAGGGGGUAUAUCCUAUGAUGGCUUUUUGGUUCAAAGUUAGGCAUACAAAAUGGUUUGUGAGCACGGGGUAUAUCCUAUGAUGGCUUUUUGGUUCAAAGUUAGGCAUACAAAAUGGUAUACGCACAAGAUGGCAAAUAGAAGCUAGAAAAUUGAGGAUUUAGUCACCAUAUACCAUAAGUUGCAGGGACCUUUUCUGUUGUGCUUUAGAUAUGAAAUUUGCCAAGGUGAUAGCAAACAUGAGAAAAUAUUUAACUGGCCAGUCUCAUUUUAUGAUUGUGUGCACAAUGUAGAGUAUUGAUAUUUGAUAUAUGAAAAGAAAGUUAAGAAUGUA